UAUCUGUAUCUCGUUUGCAAAAUCUUGAAUGUUCCAAAGUGAUAUAAUUAACUUCAAGGCUGAUAUAUCAUGAAGAAUAAAAGUAUAAGCGAUUAUUAUGAAGAUCUACAAUACAAUGAAUUCGACGAAAACAUAGCAUUAGCGGAAUUACAUGAUUUAUCUAAUAAAAUAGUUUUUCAAAAAAAUGAUAAUUUUUCAAAAAGGUUUCUUGAAACAGCAAAUGUAAUAGAAAAGAAUUUGCCUCUUUUCCAAUCUCUUUAUGAAGAUGUAGAUAUAGUUAGUACUAUUAUUAAAUAUUUAAACUAUUAUGGUAUGAAAUUCAUGAUCAACAAACUUAAUAAGCUUGAAGAAGAAGAGGAAGUAAUAGCAGUAAUAAUUAUGCUUUUUGAUAUAUGUACACAUACCAAGAUGCAAUCAUUCUUAUCAAAAAAUCUUCUGCAAAAUUCCAACCUGGAGGAUUUUGAACAAAAAAUAUAUAAUCAAACUUUAAUUCAGUACAAAGAAGCAAUAAUUUUAGAAGAUUCAGAUUUACAUGCAGUUAUUAAUAUACUAGAAAAAUUUGUUUUCGAUACAGUAUGGAUUCAGGAACCAUUAGCAAAGAAUGUAUUUAUAAACAAAUCAUGUCAGUUUAUCCGUGUAUUUCGAUCAAAGCAGGAGUUACUUGAUUCUAAUGUAUCGAAAAAGUUAAGUGUGACAUCCAUAUGGUCAGAAGAUAUUAUAGCUGCAAAGAAUUUAGCAAAAUCUUUAAAUAGAGAUGUUAUAUUUAUCAAUACAUUUAUGGAUUUCUAUGGUGGUAUCAUAAUCUUCCCAUAUCCAACAAAAUUGAUUAAUUGUCUCAUAGUGCAAGAGAAAUCUGCAAGUAUAAUGAAACCAAAUGUAUCUAAAUGUUUGUCCUACAAUCUGUUUUAUGAUGGCAUGUGGCAAAAACCUAUAAAAGAUACAUAUUGGUUAAAUGAAGAUAAUCUAUGGGCGAACGCAACUAGUGAUGAUAUUAAAAGAUGUAUUGAUGCAGCUGAGAAAGGAGCCAAAAUUUGGAGUGCUAAAUUUAUUGAUUCCAGAAUACAAGUGUUAUCUAAAUUGGCAUCCACAUUAGAAUGCAAUAAUAAAUCUGAACUGGCAGAUAUAAUAUCAAAAUGGAUGAAAUCUUCAUAUUUCUUUGAAAAUUCAAUAACAUGUCCUCAAAAUGGAAGAUUAGAAGUAACAAUAAUGCGUAAACCACGCGGUAUUGUCACCCUUAAGGCAAAGACCUUACAUAUGUUGUUUCAGCAGAUGACAUUAGCUUUAAUUACUGGCAAUUCUGUCAUUGUGUUAUGUAACUCAGAAUAUUGUAGUCUGGCACCAUAUUGUGAUAUGUUUUCAACAUCUGGGGUACCUCCAGGUGUUAUAAACAUGUUAUCAGUAGAAAAUGUGGAAAAUGUUUUACAAGAAUAUUAUAUCAGUGAAACUGAAUUAUUUUCAGAAGAGAAAAAGUUAAAUCCAUAUAUAAAGUUGACCAACCCUAAAAUAGUUGUAUUACCUAUUAAAUAACUUCAAUUAUUCCUAAUAAAUUGUUUAUACACACA